AGUAAGCCAAGAAAAGAAGGAAGAAAGAAAAUCCUGCAAAAUUCGCUUUUCCAGCUGCUUGCACCAAAUAGGAUACUAAAAGGUGUCAAUAGUCACUAUUCUACCGCUUAACUACCGCGUUGUAAAACUGCACCUAGCCUGUUCGCAAUUGGAGUGCGUCGUCGCUAACAACCGUGUGAGACAAGGUGCGAUACAGCGAAAGAUUGUUUGCUUGAAGGGUUGACAAAUUGUGCUAAAUUACGACGCGUACAGUGGUAGAAACCGUACCACAGCAAUGGCUGGAUUGAACGACAAUCCCUUCGGUGAGCCGGAAAUCGACAACCCGUUUGCGGAUCCUUCGAUACAACAGAUCACAAGAAACACAACCAGCUUGCAACAAACCUUAGAUGAUUACCGACCGUUCGAUAACGAUCGGAAUGUGCUGGGUAAUGGCAGUGGAGGUAACCAACCGGCUACUCUGCAUCCGUCCACACAGUCCCCACCAGUGUACAACCAAAGUGGAGCUCAGUUUCAAACCAAUAGCAAUGGUGCUAUGGCCGCGAGCGGAUCAAGCAAACCUGAGGGAAUGACACAAAUCUCCACCGCCGAGCUCGAGCGUGCUCAGGAAGAGCUGGAGCGUAAAACGCGCGAACUGGAACGCCGGGAAGCGAAUAUGAUGCGCAGCACCAAUGGCCAGCCGAACAAUUGGCCACCAUUGCCGUCGUUCUGUCCGAUGCAGCCAUGCUUCUAUCAUGACAUCAGCCUCGACAUUCCGUCCGAGUUCCAGCGGACAGUCACCCGACUGUACAAGCUGUGGAUGUUCUAUGCGCUGGUGAUGGUGAUAAACAUCCUCGGCGGUAUGGUGAUAAUGUUCCAUUCCGGUGAAGUGCGCACAUUCUUGUUAAGCAUCUUCUACGCGGUACUGUUUACACCGGCAUCGUUCAUGUGCUGGUAUCGCCCAGCGUACAAGGCCUUCAAGACGGACUCGAGUUUCAACUUCAUGAUGUUCUUCUUCAUCUUCUCCUUCCAAGCGCUCGUCACCACCAUACAAACAAUCGGAAUUCCCGGUUCGGGCACGUGCGGUGUCAUCAUGGCGGUAACACAGUUCAGCUCGGGUUGGGGUGUCGUGGUGGGUCUGUUUCUGAUGUGUAUAGCGCUAGCCUACGGUACCUGUGCCGUUGGAAACAUAUUUAUGCUCACGAAGAUCCAUCAAAUUUACCGUUCAGGUGACAAAAUCACGAUGGGCAAAGCACGCGAAGAAUUCCAGAGCCAGUUUAUGAGCAACUCGAUCGUGCGCGAUGCAGCAGCUGGUGCGGCCCGUGCCUCCGUACAGAGCACCUUGAACAGCCCAUAUUGAAUAAAUGUACUGAGCGAAACCUGUUCGAUGCGAUGUUAUCUCUCAGCCAUUCCUUCUCUCCCGGAGCAACGGAAAGGUUGCAGGAACCGGAAAAAUAGAUGCACGAUUCGUAUCCCUCUCCCCAAAUUGACACACGGGAACAACCAUUCAACGGAGAUGGAUCGAUGGAUAUGCCGCCGAGCGUUCCAUGAGGAAGAAAGGCUCCAUAAUGUUGUGUCGGAUGUGCUAGGUGUCUUCUCUGUUCAAUUGCUAAACCGGUACCAAUUCCGCCGCAUGGCUCACUGUUCUUACACCCUUGGCGCACAUUAUGUUUGGUAACGUGCCUCCGCACUAUCGAACUUUCCACAUUUCAUCUGUCCCGUUUGGCAUGUUUGCUGUUCCUGUUCCCGAUCCCGAUGGAGUUGAUGCUUCAAUGUCCUAGCGGUUCGGUUAGGUUCCCUUCUCCAAGUAGCAACCGACCUUCUCCUGUCCCAUCCUGGCCUUCAGGGUUUUUUCGCUUCUUCUAAAAUUGCCCAUCGCAAUAGACACGAAACGCUUUUCGGAAUUCCCUUUCCCUUUAUGCUCAGGAAUAGCGAAUGAGAUGCGAGCCGAACGUUUUAAAACGAAACUUAGUUAUAAGCCGUUGAAUUAUUAUUGUGACUAACAUUGUGACAGACACCUACCAGUUCCAACUCCGGAAAGUACACACUAACUAAUCAUAAUAAGAAUACGAUUGUAUGUUAUACUUUAUUGAAUGAUAUGAAGUACACACUAUGUACAUUGCACUCGUGUGGAACGUGUGCGUGUGAAAUUUCCUAUUGUUUUAAUGCACUGAUCGAACGGGUGUACAUUUACGAACUUAUUAAUUAAGAACAAACUCACGUGUGCUAAAGCAAAGAUAGAUAGAUGGCCCCUCCGGAAGUAUUGUAAGGUGCAGGAAGCAUGAGUAAAAUGUAUCGGAAUCGUUUACUGGCUCGAAUAGUAAUAUAUACCGUAACUCACAAAUCGAAACUACAUUCAUUACAUAUGUUCUUCAAAUCAUUGCAUAAACGAAACCAGUUGGUUGAUUGAGGAACCCACGCUGGACUGAACACAAAAUAUGGAACAUUUUGUUUGUUUUUUUUUUUCAAUAUCAUUUUAAUAUAAUUCCUAACUUCCUAACUUAAAAAUGACAUUUGAAAACUUGAGCAAUUGUGAAAGAAAGUAGAUAAAUUAUGUGAAAACCGAUGGAUCUUAAACGCAUGUGCUCGAUGUGAAAUGCAAAGUUGCUAAAUAUGAUGAUUUAAAUGG